AUGGAUGGCGCGCAAGACAAGGAUACGGGCUCCUUGCUGGAUGAUGAUGAUGGCGAAUUCAUCGACCACGAUGAAGCACACGGGGUGUUCAGAUCGCCAAGACCUUCUGUCACGUUGCAAGAGCUGCAAGAGCGGGAGUCCAGAAAACACUCGGGCGGUGGCGACAGCAAAAAGGCCAGCGCAAGCCCUUUUGCCAUGAGAGGUGGCAUAUUCGGGGGGAAUCCGUUGAAUGAUCUGUGGAAAGCACAGGAGAUGGACGUAGGAGGGGAUCCAUGCCUCCUUGCAGGGAGUGCAGUUUUGGACGCAGAAGCGCACCGAGCAUGGGACGAAGCUGCGAGGGAGAAGCACAAUGAGAUCAAUUGGAGGGAUGAAGGCGUCUUCAGUGAUUCGGAGACAGAAGAUUUAGUAUUUGUUGACUCGGACAUGGAAGAUGCCGAGGAGGCAUCCAGCGAUGACGGGCGAAAUUUGGAAGCAUGA